CAAAGGCAAACCCUGCUUGGUUUUGACUGAUCAUAUGAUCAAUCACCUCAUGUCAGGGAGAGUCGUCUCAGACAUGCAUCACCACGAUUCUUCACUAGGCUUGAUGCAGUUCCAUGAUCCCCACCAGUACAUGUACAGCAGCAGCAGUAGCACGGCCGGCGGCUCUUUCUUGCCCCAUCACCACGCCGCCUUCAUCAAGGACGUGGCGCCGGCCGAGCCUUUGGUCGAGAUACUGGAGGAGGCGCCAGGUGCUGCUGGGGCGCCGGCGAUGCAGGAAGAGCGGAAGGUUGUCGACGAGGCGGCGGAGGAAGAAGAAGGAGAGGAAGCGGCGGCGGAGUCCCAUGGCGUGCGGAUGAUCGCGCUGCUGAUGGAGUGCGCGGUGGCCAUGUCGGUGGGCAACCUGGCGGACGCCAACGGGGCGCUGCUGGAGCUGUCCCAGAUGGCGUCCCCCUACGCGGCGUCCUGCGGGGAGCGGCUCGUGGCCUACUUCGCCAGGGCGCUCGCGGCGCGCCUCAUGAGCUCCUGGGUCGGCGUCUGCGCGCCCCUCUCCCUGCAGCAGCAUGACGACGCCGGCAUCGUCAUCCACGCCGCGUUCCGGGCCUUCUACAACGUGGCCCCCUUCGCGCGGGCGGCGUACCUGGCGUGCAACCAGGCCGUCCUGGACGCGUUCCGCGGGCAGCGAGCCGUCCACAUCGUGGACCUGGACAUGGUGCCCGGCGGCGCGCUGCAGUGGCUCUCGCUGCUCCCGGCCCUCGCGGCCCGGCCAGGCGGCCCGCCGGCGCUGCUCCGCGUGACGGGCUUCGGCGUGUCGGCGGCCCUGCUGCACGACGCCGGGAACCAGCUGGCCGGGCUGGCGGGCAAGCUGGGCCUGCCGUUCGAGUUCUACGCCGUCGCCAAGCGGCCCGGGGACGCCGCCGCCGCGGUGUCCUCGGGCUUGCUGCUGCCGGGCAAGCGGCCAGGGGAGGCCGUGGCCGUGCACUGGCUGCGGCACGCGCUGUACGACGCGGCCGGGGACGAGGCCGCGGCGAUCCGGCUCGCCCGGUGGCUGGAGCCCAGGGUCAUGACGGUGGUGGACCAGGAGAGAUCGCUGUCGUCGUCGUCGUCUUCAGGCGCGGCGGCGGACGACGGGGGCAGCUUCCUGGACCGGUUCGUGUCCGCGCUGCACCACUACUCGGCGGCGUUCGACUCGCUGGGCGCGGCGAGGCCGGCGGGGGACGACGCGAGCAGGCACCUGGCGGAGAACGGCAUGCUGGGCCGGGAGAUCGGGAACGUGCUGGCCAUCGCCGGCCCGUCAAGGAGCGGCCGGGAGAGGCUGUUGCCCGGGAGCUGGCAGGCGGAGCUCGCGCGGCAUGGCUUCCUGCGCGCCCGGUGGGGAAGCGGCGGGGCGCGCGCGCAGAUGCUGGCCGGCGCGUGCCCGGCGGGGCUGGGGUACACGGUGGCGGACGAUGCCCACGACGGCACGGUAAGGCUUGGCUGGAAGGGCACCCCGCUCUACGCGGUCUCGACUUGGACGUGGUGCGCCACGACCCAUGGCCACGUACGAGGUUGAUUAUAACCAUAUACUGUAGUCUGUAGUGUGUGCUAUGUUAAGCUAUCGCUUUGUCAGGUUAGGCCGAACUUGGGCCCUGCUGCUGGCAUUGCAGUAGCUUUUCGACAGGAAAUUUCAUUAACAAUUUGUGAGAAUUGCUA